AUGUUAUUCAAAUCUUCUGUUGAUCUUCUUAUUUACUUAUGUAUUUUGUUUAUUAUUAUAAUUAAAUGUACUAACUCAAAUAAGAGCCAUUUAAAACGUUCUAAACGAGAUGCAUCCGAUUAUCAAAUAAGAUGUACAGAGCAUACUACUGCAGUUGAUCAAAUUUUUCCAAACAUAAAAAAUCAAACAAGAAAAAAACGUUUUGUUCUUUUUCCAGAAUUUCAAAUUUAUCUAGACGAUUGGCGUUACAUACAUAAUCCACGAGAAUUCGUUUAUUGGAUUGCAAACUUCUAUCCAAAUAGAAUCAACACUAGUUAUAUUCAUCGUUGUAUAAAAGAUAUUAUUCAACAAAUUAACAACGUUAUAGAUAAAGAUAUAAUUAUAAAAGAAGCAUCGGAUCCAGGCGAAGCAAAUUUUCAUUUUACUUUUUUGGAUUAUACAAAAUGUCCUACGGAUGAUGUGUCUGAGGCGGAUAUUGAUAAUAUUAAAAUAUUAGAAUCACUCGAUAUCUAUCCAGUUGAUGUAACUAAAGAAAGUCGAUAUCGUGCGCAUGGUGGAAUACAUCUCGUAGAAAAUGAUAGGCCAAUCUCAACAAUUAAAUUGAAUAUGCAACAAAAAUUUCUUAGUUCAGAUGAUCUUGUUUAUGAUCCAGCUAUAUAUACAUGCAUUGAGGAAACAAAUGAAUGUGAAAUUGAUACAUAUUUUGUUUUACUACAUGAAACAUUACAUGGAUUUGGUAUUGAACAUACAACAAAUGCUCUUAAUCCAACUCCACCCAAUGAACACAUGCAAUCUAUCAUGCAUUUUUCAACAUAUCGCAUACUGUGCCAUGACGACAUACGAGCAAUUCGUAUGGUCUAUCAAUUGCCUGUUAAACGUGAAAAUGCUGCCUACGAUGAUACAUGUCGUCGUGAUUUUCCCAUGAAUAGAUUACAAAAGUUAAUGUAUUUAUUUGGAAAAACUCUAAUCGUAGUUUUGUUAGGAUUAUUAAUUUCGAGUUCUAUUGCGUUUAUUCUAACAUUAAUUUAUCUACUAAUAAGAUAUUUAUACGGUCAAUAUUUGAAUAAAUUUGACAAACGAAUGUCAACUACAUCAAUGAAUUCAUGGCUGUCGAAAGAUAAAAAUUCAAUGAUAUCUAAUCCAGCUAAGAUUAAAACUCAUGUUUAUUUGUGGCAUGAUGAAAUGGUUUAG